AUGGAAUAUAAUGAUAGUGAAACAACUGAAACAUCCAACUCUGAGAGUAGCUCUUUUAACAGUGAAUAUGAAGAAAAUGAAACGUCCAAAAAAAUUGCUGAACUUAAACAAGAAAUUGCAAAACUAGAAAAUACUAACAAAAUAAAACAGAAAAAAACAAAAAAAUUAUUAACAUUAAAUCAACCAAAAAUAUCAGAAGCCAAAUCAACUGAUAGUAAAUUAGCAAUGAAAAUAAAAAAAGGAUCCAAUGAGCCUGAACAGCCAAUUUCAAAAGGAAAAUAUAAACACCAAAACAUUUCUUCUUAUCUUCAUAUACCAAAAGAAUUUGGCAUGGAGUUUAUGAGACUUUUAGUAGCUGAAAAGCUCUAUCCUUUAUGCCCUACUACUGAAUAUCAUGAUAUGCCUCUUAGUGAAAUUAAUAAAUGUAUUGAUAGGGUAAAUAAUUGGCAUGAAUUUAUUAAACGUGAGAUGAUCCGUCGGCAUAUUAAUUAUAAGCGAUCAACUCUUAGUGAUAAAACUCAAAAGACACUUAAAUCUCGUAAACCAAAUGGAAAUAGCAAAAGAUUUAAGAGAAAAGUGGUUGAAUCUAACGAUGAAAUCAAUGAAGAAGAACAACAAACAAGCGGAUCAACUUUAUCAACAAAAAAUUGUGGUAAUUUUUAA